UUCCCCGUGCGGCUUCAGAAGAGCUGCUGAACGCUCCCCUGGUGCCAGCUGAGCGACUCCCGCACCUCCUGUGUCAGACGGGGAACAACACCGCAACGAGACAGGUCCCAUUGGCCCAAACCUGGCUUGCUGGUGCGCCAGGAUCGAGACAUUUAGAUUUUUCUUUGCGUCCUGUAAAGUUGCCCCCCAAAAAAAUCGGUGCGUUCCGCGCUUUUGGCCAAGGAUGGCCCUGGACCCCAGAAGCGCAUUUCGCGCCUCGGUUUUACUGGCUUGUGUGAUAAUCUGCAGCAACGUGCUAUGUCCCGUCGGUGCUUAUCUCUACAACAACCGCUACGCAGGUGAUCAAGUCUUCAGGAUAACUCCAGGUGACAAUGAGGAGGUCCAAGUGCUGAAGAAGAUGCUGGCACAUAUGAAGGUGGACUUGUGGCAGCCCAACAGUGUCUCUCUGAUCUGUCACAACGCCACUGUGGACGUGCACGUGAAACGUAACGACACGAGGAGCCUACGUGCACGCUUAAAGCAAGAACAUAUUUAUUAUCGGGUGUUCAUCUCCAAUCUGCAGAAGGAAAUUGAAACGCAGACGGGAUCUCGCUCCUCUCGCAGGCGGAGGUCAGAGUCUCAGUAUGACUACGAGGUUUACCACUCUCUGGAAGAGAUCCAGAGGUGGAUGUUUGACAUGAACAGAACCCAACCGGACCUGGUCGACAUGUUCUCCAUCGGGAAGUCGUACGAAGGAAGGCCGCUCUAUGUGCUUCAGCUAGGAAAGAGAAGUCGUCCCCAGAAGAAAGCCGUGUGGAUCGACUGCGGCGUUCACGCCAGAGAGUGGAUCGGACCGGCCUUCUGCCAGUGGUUUGUCAAAGAGGCUAUUAACUCGUACCAGUACGACUCUGUGAUGAGACGCCUGCUCAACCAGCUCAACUUCUACAUCAUGCCUGUCUUCAAUGUGGAUGGAUAUGACUUCAGCUGGACCACGGAUCGGUUCUGGAGGAAGACACGCUCCAAAAAUCACAAGUUUCACUGCCGGGGAGUGGACGCGAACAGAAACUGGAAAGUGAAGUGGUGUGACGAAGGUGCCUCCUCCCAUCCCUGCGACGACACUUACUGCGGCCCCUUUCCUGAGUCGGAACCCGAGGUCAAGGCCGUCGCCAAGUUCCUGCGCAAGCACAAAAAGCGCGUAAAAGCAUACAUCUCCAUUCACGCCUACGCCCAAAUGCUGCUCUACCCCUACUCCUACAAGUACGCCACUAUCCCCAACUUCAGCUGUGUGGAGUCGGCAGCUCACAAUGCAGUGACAGCCCUGUACUCUGCCUACGGAGUGAAGUACAGAUAUGGACCUGCCUCCACAACCCUGUAUGUUAGCUCAGGCAGCUCUAUCGACUGGGCCUACAGGAACGGGAUCCGCUAUGCGUUUGCAUUCGAGCUGAGGGACACGGGAUACUUCGGCUUCCUCCUGCCCGAAUCUCUCAUCAAUCCGACAUGCACCGAGACAAUGAGGGCUGUGAAGGCCAUCGCAUCGGGCCUGCUGAAGAAGUGCGAGACAGGCCGGGACCGAUUUCCAUAUAUAUGACCACGCUCUAGAUCCCCGUAGCCUCCCACCCUCACAGCUACUUAUCUCCGCACCUCGUAUUCCUCUGAGAUUUCAUAUUAAUCCCAGAUAUCAUCAAGGGAAGAGCUGCUGAGAACCACAACGACAUGGAUUUUAAUUUGUUUUUCCUUGUUUUUGAAGUUCUUCGCCUUCUUUUUCUUUUCUGUAAAGACAUGAACUGACGGUGGUGGAGGUUUUCUUUGUGCUAAAAACCAAAAAUCCUAUAAGCGACCAGGCUGUUUACGCACAGAGAGCAUCCUGGUGGAUCGAUGCCUUUUGAGUUCUGAGCUUGAAUGUGGACCAGGAUUCUUUCCAGCAUGUAUUCCUCUCUUUGUCGCCCAUGAUUUAACUGUUGCUCUCCACUUACAAAGAAGAAUAACACAGAUUUAACUAUAAAAUAAGCUUUUUUAACAGUGAAUGGCAGUCAUAUAAGCACUUGAUACAACAGCACUUUUUGGAAUCAAACAUUGUAGAUGUUUAAUGUCUUUCAAAAUGUGUCACAUCAAAUAAAAGUUGUCAUAGGUUGUAGUUUUAAAUAAAUAUCAUGCUAAUUUAGAUUCUUAAACUCAUGCUGUUCAUGUAUUAAUGCCUUUAUUACUGCAACAUUGAUUAUGUACAUAAUAUGCUAUCACUUGGAAUCAUAGGGUUUGGUUUAAAUCGAGAAUUUUUUGUUAGAUAUGUUUUUUAUCGUGUUUCAUUUGGUUCAGACUAACAUUUGGAAAGUCUGUUGGUUCAGUAGCUUAAUGUGUCAUUACUCAGGUAUAGAUCAGUGACAGUGUCAGAAAUGUUUACCUUUUACAGCUGAUGUGAGAUUUUAAGAAAUGUAUAAUAUCUGACUUGAAUAAAUGUUGUUUAUAUAACAGUA